AUGGAACCCAAGAAAGGAUCACAAUGGCCGCCAAGGAGAUCAAAUUUUGUGCAGAACCUGUACAUACUUCUUUUAUUCCUCAUUUUGAAUCUCUUUCUUCUUGUUCAAUGUUCUAAUAAUAACAGCCUUAUAAAAUCAUUAGAAGUUAUACUUCGUGAACAUGCUUUCAAGAGUUCGGUUGAUCAACAUACGGGAUCUUUUUACAAUGCUAGUGUUCCUUCAAGUCUAGCAGGAAUGAAACUCUCAUUAGUGAGGUUGCAAAGCAAGACAUUGUGGGAAAAAGGUGCAAACUUUAGUGGAUUUUCAAUUCAUCCGAGAACUAUUCCAGUGCCCUAUGUUGAAAGAAUCAACAUUGCGUACUAUGAUUUGGGAAACUUGUCUUCUCAUUACUUCAACAUAUCAGGUUACUAUCUCUUGACUUCUGUUAUUGGUUUCAUGGUUUAUGAUGCGCCAUCAAAUAUUAGCACCAUUACAAGUCUUACAAAACUUGAUCUUAGACCAAUGGGACAACCUAUAUCGGUCGAGUUCAAUAAUUUAACUGAGAUGGUCAAGGGAAGAAUAACAAAGACAAAGUGUGCAAUGUUUGAUGAAAAUGGAAAUGUUUCAUUUAGUGAAAUGAGGUUUCCCAACUUAUGUUACACAAGAAAUUAUGGUCAUUUCACUAUAGUGUUACCUCAAGAGGCAAGGAAGAAGAGGAGUAUUUGGGUUUUUGUGGCUAAAGGUUUUGUUAUCGGGUUAUUUGGUGUGGCAUCGGUGGCUCUUGUAGGAUGGAUGGUGCUGGGAAUUUUUAAGUUCAAGAAAAGAUGUGACAUGGAAAGAGCAGCAGAGGAGGGUGAGGUUUUGGGAAGUGUUAUGGUUGGUAAAAGCAAAAUGCCUGUUGCUAUGGCAAUAAGAACUCAUCCAGUACUCGACGAAGGAACAUCUUCUCCAGAGUUUGUGUAA